UGUAACCAGUUCUGCCUCUCGCUCCCCAGACCCCACCCUCUCCCCUUCCCCUGGUUACACCUUCGGGUCUCCAGGAUUCCGCAGAACCCCCUCACUCACUCUCCCAACCUCUUGAAAUACCCACAGGCACAUCUCUUCUCCCCUCAGUGACCCAAAGGCUUCCGCAGUCACCAUCCAGAAAUUCCUCAGCCUUUUCAUUUCUGCACCAUGCCCAAACCCAGAAUCUUUGCCCAUCUCCCAAGGCUUCCAAAACAUUUUCAGACCGCAUACCUCCAUCUAGUGCCUACCCCUAAUCCUACCUACCUCAGAGCAGAGCCUCCCCCACCCCACCCAAAGUAAUCCCUCUCAAUGAAUUAUCUAAUAAUGUGUUUGAAAUCUCAAAGAAAAAGAGGGGAGUCGGAAAGGUGCAACCCCUCCCCCAUCUUACAUCCAGUAGCUCUUGACUUCACAUCCCUUCCCAACACCCUGUUGAUGGCUUAAGCCCCCAUGGUCUUUUCAGUCCCUGCCUUUAGCCUGCACACAAUUCCUUCAACCUUCUUACUCCUUCCAAAGAAUUAACCAGACCAAGAGUGUGGGGUUCUAGAGUCGUGCAGGGCUGGUGGGGGGAACACUGGGAAGUGCUGUUUUCCUGGACCAGGAGGGAUGGAGGGAUUUCAGGAGUUUUCUUAGGAGUCCUGGUUUGUUGAUUCAUCUACCUAGGGCUCAGAUGAUCUGAAAAUUUGCCUCUUGUUGUAACUGUCCUUUCUGACACUAGGAACAGAAAGCCUGCCCUAGUGGGAAGUGCUUCACUAAUAACUGCUUCUAGAAGUUACUUCAGCUAGAACUCCCAUAAUUGAUGGAUGUUUCCUCAAAAAAGGGGGAGGGUCAGGAGUUGGAGAUGGUGAAGGGAGAAUGACAAACCCUCUCCCAGAUAUAACUACAAAACGUUCUAGAAUGUUGGUUUUCAGAAUCUUAAACUGGUGCUCUUGCUGAACUAGCUAGCAUAUUGUUAUUGUUCUUCUGAGAAAGAAAACUUUUUAUAGGGUUGAAAUUUUCUACAAGGUCAGGUGGUGGUCUGAGCAGCAGGGUUCCGAGGGGACUCCAGUGACAGCUGCCAACUAGAGGUGUUGGGCUCCUCGGAGUUCAUUGUCCUUGGUCCUAGGGAGUUCCAUCCAGAGCUGCAAAUCUAUGGUCUUUCAUCGGAGAUCGUGUUGUGUUCAUUGGUCUUUCUAGCUGGACCCAGGAUCCACUAGGACCUGGACCAGAUAAACCCAGGUGGGAGACACUGAUAAGUCUGUUCCAUGAAGAGUUGGGGGGCUGAGGGUAGGUUUCCAUUAACGUAUGGUCUCUGUCUCCUGUGCUAGGUGAGCCCCAGCUGUGACCCACAGGAAUCCAGGUGACUUCUCUGCAGACGCUGGGCCAUGACACCCCUCCAAGGACAGGGGGAGUGAAGUGGGAAUCCUUUCCCAUGCCCCUCCCAGGGUCGGCUCCCCAAUGGCCUGGGUGAGGGUGGAAAGGCUGCUCUGACACCAUGGGGAGCUGCUGUAGCUGCCUGGACAGAGACAGCGUGCCACACAACCACCCUACCAAGUUCAAGGUGACUAAUGUGGACGAUGAAGGGGUGGAGCUGGGCUCAGGGGUGAUGGAGCUGACCCAGAGUGAGCUGGUGCUGCACCUGCACCAGCGGGAUGCUGUCCGCUGGCCCUACCUCUGCCUGCGGCGCUAUGGCUAUGACUCCAACCUCUUCUCCUUUGAGAGUGGCCGCCGCUGUCAGACGGGCCAGGGGAUCUUUGCUUUCAAGUGCUCACGGGCUGAGGAAAUCUUCAACCUGCUGCAGGACCUUAUGCAGUGUAACAGCAUCAGCGUGCUGGAGGAGCCGGUUAUCGUCACACGGAACAGCCGCCCCCCAGAGCUCGACCUUCCUCGAGGGCCCUCACAACCCACUGGCUACACUGUCUCCAGCCUCUCCAAUGGCUGCCCUGGCUGCCCUGGAGAGGGCACACGGUUCUCCGCUCCCCGCCGACCCUCCACAAGCAGCCUCCGACAUCCCACACUUGGGGAAGAGUCUACCCACACCCUCAUUGGCUCCGAUGAGCAGUCCCACACCUAUGUCAACACACCAACUGGUGAAGAAGACCACUGCAGGAGUCGCCACUGCCUCCAGCCACUGCCUGAGGGCCGGGCACCCUUCCCACAGACCCGGGUUUCCGACCAGCGGGACCCACAGGUGUUCUUACAGCCAGGGCAGGUCAAGUUUGUGUUGGGCCCCACCCCAGCUCGGCGGCAGGCGAUGAAGUGCCAAAGCCUGUGUCCCAACAUGCAUGACCCUCCCCAUCACAACAACAAUGAGGGCCCUUCUGAGUGCCCAGCCCAGCCCAAAUGCACCUAUGAGAAUGUCAGCGGGAGCUUGCGGCAAGCAGCUGGCUGGAGACUGAGCCCAGAGGAGCCAGGGUGGAGUGGCCUGGCCCACCGGAGGGCCGCACUGCUGCACUAUGAGAACCUGCCCCCGCUUCCUCCUGUGUGGGAGAGCCAAGCUCAGCAGCUGGGCCGGGAGGCUGGGGAUGAUGGGGACUCCAGGGAUGGGCUUACACCAUCCUCAAAUGGCUUCCCCGAUGGUGAGGAGGAUGAAACCCCACUACAGAAGCCUACCAGCACCCGGGGCUCCUCCACCCGUAGCCACAGCAACUUCCCUGUCCCACUGACCCGCCGCCGAGGCUCCCCAAGAGUCUUCAACUUUGAUUUCCGCCGGCCUGGCCCUGAGCCCUCAAGGCAGCUCAACUACAUCCAGGUGGAGCUCAAGGGCUGGGGCACAGACCGUCCCAAAGGGCCCCAGAACCCCGCAGUGUCCGGAGCUCCUGGGCCCACCCCACACCCUGCUCGCAGCUCAGACUCCUAUGCCGUGAUUGACCUCAAGAAGACCGUGGCCAUGUCCAACCUGCAGAGGGCUCUGCCCCGAGAUGAUGGCACUGUCAGGAAGACUCGGCACAACAGCACCGACCUGCCUCUGUAGACCUGGUCCUCCCCCGCCCGCCUCCUGCAGGGAGACCUCCACCUUACCCACCAGCCCUGGCCUCGGCUGCUUUGCAGACACUGGGGCAAACCAGAUGCUUCUAUGCAUUGCUGGAGUCCCCACAGAUGUCAGCCACUGAGUGUCCAGUUCCCCAACCUGGGGAGAGAGGGUGAGCUGGAGAGGAGGGAGCCAUGGUGUAAACUGUGAAGGGUUCCCAAGGUUGCAUUUUGCACCCUUCCCUAAUGUCCAUUUGUCUAGUCUGUCAGCUGUCUGUCUGUAUGUGUUUUCUCUUUUUUCUUUUCUUCUUCUUCUUCUUUUUUUUUUUUUGGUUGAAGUUUUGAAACAUUUUGUACCUGUUGGUUUUAUUUAUCAGUUUAUUUUUCUAUUUAUUGUUUUAAAUGUAACUUAACAUAUUUAUUAUUAAUAUAAUUAUUUUUAAAUUCUGG